AUGUUGCGUGAAGUGAAAGCCAAGAACCCGCGCACUGCGCGUAUCCUGAAAUCUCGGGAGCCGCAACUCAUCGAACCCCCAAAGAGAACGCUGAUUUUCCACGGCGCAAAAUGUCCUCAAGUUGUGGACACCGUCCUGAAGACCUUCCACGCCUUGACCAAGCCUCACAACAUUCUCUUCCACAAGAAAAACGAGAACAUUCACCCAUAUGAGAACUCGGAGAGCCUGGAAUUCCUGGCCAACAAGAACGAGUGUGGACUCGUAGCAUUCGGCAGCCACAGCAAGAAGCGCCCCAAUUGUAUCACUCUCGCCCGUGUCUUCAACUCAGAGUUGCUCGAUCUCGUCGAGCUCAUGCUGCUCCCCCCAAGGGACGGCGAGGUCAUCCCACCCAUCAACGAACUUGUCAUGGACGUCGGUCUCGGCCUGCGCCCUAUGAUGCUGUUCACCGGUAGCUCUUGGGAAGACCCCACAUCCACCUCGCACAUCAUUCUCAAGAGCACUCUGCUCGACAUGUUCAAGGGCGAAGAAACCCACCAGAUCGACGUCGAGGGUCUCCAGUACGUGCUGAGUGUUGCCGCAGAGGAGCCCCAGGAAGGUCUUUCACCCGUCAUCCACAUGCGCUGGUACAGAGUCAUCACCAAGCGUAGUGGUCACAAGCUGCCCCGUGUGGAGUUGCAGGAGGUUGGUCCCAAGUUCGACUUCAAGGUCGGCCGUACACGCCAGGCCACUCCUGAGGUGCAGAAGGAGGCCAUGAAGCAGGGCAAGCGUCCCAACGAGGAUGGCAAGAACAAGAAGAACAUCAUUACCGACUCUAUUGGUGAUAAGAUUGGUCGUGUUCACCUUGGCAAGCAGGAUCUGUCUGACCUGCAGACACGUAAGAUGAAGGGUCUUAAGCGCCGUGCAGGCUUCGAGUCUUCCGAUGAGGAGGAUGAGCCUGCUUUGGAGGAUAUGAUGGAGGAGGAGAUCUCUGAGGACGAGGUUGAUGAGGUCGACGAUGGUGAGGAAGAGGAAGUAAGCCACAAGAAGGCACGGAAGAACUAA